AUGGAGAAGAAGCUGAUUGCAGUGAUUGGUGGAUUGGAUUCCCUAACUUCUCUUGGUAUGAGGAUUCUCUUGGAGAUCUACAAGAUUCCCCAGCUCACCUAUAGUCCCACUCCAAUGAUGAAAGAUAAAUCUCCUGGUCUUCCCUUCUAUCAGAUGGUUCCUAAAGAAGAGCUUCAAUAUAAGGGGAUUCUGUCUCUGCUUCUGCACUUUGGAUGGACAUGGAUUGGAGUGAUUGUUAUGGAUAAUGAGAAUGGAGAAAGAUUUGUGGAAAUUGUGUUUCCCAUGUUUACUCAGAAGGGCGUCUGUCUUGCAUUCAUAAAAAAAAUUCCUGUUGUAACGUUUAUUAGUGAUUUGUUUGAGAUGCUGCAUAAAGGGGAGAAGAUUUAUGAUACUGUGAUCAGGAGUAAGGUUACAGUAAUACUUGUCUAUGGUGAAUCUCAUUCCCUGGGAUUGUUUAGGUUUGCAUCUUAUUUAUCAGAUGAAGAAGUAGACAGUAAACCUAGGAAACCCCUAGGAAAGCUAUGGAUUGUCACAGCCCAAAUGGAGAUUGCUUCCUUUGGAUUUCAAAAGUAUUGGGAUUUAGGAAUUUUCCAUGGAGCUUUAGGCUUUGCAUUUCAUUCCAAUGAUGUGUCUGGAUUUCAGCAGUUUAUUGAGAGUCGAAGCCCUUCCACCACAAAAGGAGAUGGUUUUUUCAAAGGCUUUUGGGAGCAGGUUUUCAACUGCCGAUUUCUAGGUAUGUUUAUCAAUAAAGAAGAGGAGAAUAUUUGCACUGGGCAGGAGAAACUGGAGACAAUCCCUGCCCUCUUUUUUGAACUGUCCAUGUCUGGCUACAGCUACAGUAUCUACAAUGCUGUCUAUAUGGUUGCCCAUGCUUUACAUGCCAUGUUUGCAUCUGGGCUCAAAUAUAGAGCAAUGAUGGAUGGUGGAUUACAGAUUCAUAACCAGACAUUUUGGCAGCUUCCUAAUUUUUUGAGACAUUCCACAUUUAAUGACAGUAUUGGAGAAAAGAUGACAUUUGAUGAAGAUGGGAAUUUAGUAGCUGGAUUUGAUGUAAUCAACUUUAUUUUUUCUGAAAACCAGACAAUAAAGAAAAUAGGAAAGAUAGAUCCACAUUCUUCUCCAGACAAAAUGUUAAUCAUCAAGAAGGAUGCCAUAACAUGGAAUAGCUGGUUUAACCAGACACAGCCCGUUUCUCUCUGUACGCCAAGCUGUUCUCCAGGUUCUAGUAAACAAGUCAUAGAGGGUAAGCCAUUCUGCUGCUACUCUUGUAACCUAUGUCCAGAAGGAAAAAUUACAGAAAUAGAGGAUAUGAAUGACUGUUAUGAUUGCACAGAUGAAAAUUAUCCCAACAAAAAGCAGGAUUCAUGUAUUCCCAAAGAUAUAAGUUUUUUGUCAUAUAAAGAACCUUUGGGGAUCACUUUAGCCUGUUUUUCUUUUUUCUGUUCCACAAUCACAGUUCUGGUACUAAUGACAUUUUUAAUGCAUCACAACUCUCCCAUUGUCAAAGCCAGCAACCGGGAUCUCACUUAUAUUCUCCUCAUCACCCUCCUGCUCUGCUUCCUUUGUAUAUUACUAUUCAUCAGUCAGCCCAAUAAGGUGGUAUGUGUUCUCCGUCAAACCAGUUUCAGCAUCAUCUUCUCUAUGGCUAUUUCCUGUGUGCUGGCCAAAACUCUGACUGUGGUCCUGGCUUUCAUGGCAACUAAGCCAGGAAGCAGGAUGAGCCAAUGGGUGGGUAAAAGAUUAGGCUAUGCUUUUGUUUUAUUUGGCUUCUUAAUUCAGACUGGGAUUUGCAGUCUAUGGUUGUCCAUCUCUCCUCCUGUCCCAGAUGCUGACCUGCACUCAGAACCUGGAAAAAUUGUCCUACAGUGUAAGGAAGGGUCAUUAAUUUUGUUUUACUUUGCAAGGUGUUAUAUGGGCUUCUUGGCAAUGACCAGUUUCAUAGUUGCUUUCUUUGCCAGGAAAUUACCAGAUACUUUUAAUGAAGCUAAGUUCAUCACUUUCAGUAUGUUGGUCUUCUGCAGUGUUUGGCUCUCCUUUGUUCCAACCUACCUGAGCACCAAGGGGAAAUACAUGGUGGCUGUGGAGAUCUUCUCAAUGUUAGCAUCAAGUGCUGGGCUGCUGAUCUGUAUCUUUCUCCCCAAAUGCUACAUUAUUUUUCUGAGACCAGCCCUGAACAAAAAGGAACUAAGAAUAAAAAGAAAUUGCUGA